AAUAUGGAGAGGAAGAGGGGCAUAGUUGCAAAUACAAGCCACUCUCUCCUUUUAACACCAUAGCAAUAAAUAACCACUUCAUGCUCCAUUGCCUCCUUCUCCUAUGCAAUGGAGCAACCUUCACCAUGCAACGCCUCCGCUGCCACGGCGACAGAAAAAGGCAGCACGCGCCACCCUGUCUACCGCGGCGUGCGGAAGCGCCACUGGGGGAAAUGGGUGUCCGAAAUUCGGGAGCCCAAAAAAAAGACGAGAAUAUGGCUUGGCUCUUUCCCCGCGCCGGAAAUGGCGGCGAGGGCAUACGACGUCGCCGCCUAUUGUUUGAAGGGCCACAAGGCGCAGCUCAAUUUCCCGGAAAGCAUCCAUCUUCUUCCUUGCCCCUCCUCCUCCGCCGCCAGAGAUAUACAGGCCGCCGCAGCUAUGGCGGCUAAUAUGGUCGCGGAGAAAGCCGGCUCUGCCGAGGACGAUUUCUGGGCGGAGAUAGAGCUGCCGGAGUUGAGUGAUCAUGAAUAUUCAUCGCCGGAGGUAUGGUGUUGGAGUUCUAACUCUGGAGACUUGAACUUCUAUGGUGAUGCUGUGUCUAUGGAUUGUCAUGAUUGGAUUACUUAAUUAAUUAUCUUUAUUUUGUUCUAGGAGUAUUCUUUGUGAACAUAUAUUUUUGGUUACACAUUGUUGUUAUGUAUUUAUUGUCUCAUCUAAAUAAAUAAAUGGUAGUAUGUGUUUAAUUUAA